UGGAAAUUGCUUGUUAAUUAUCUUAAAGCUAUUUACAAGUAGUCAAUCUAUGACCAUAACUGGAACCUCAGUCAUUCAAAUGAUUAUUAAGUGAAACAUCACAAGGCCACUUUGCUGAACAUUUAAUGCCCCACAGCGCUCCCGGGAGCCGGACAGAGAACGAGUCCCGCUCGGUGGGAUUCCCGGGCGCAGAAGGGUCUCCGGGCCUCGCGCAAAGGCCCUUGGGGCGGGCUGCGGGUCAGGAGCCGGACUAGAGGACCUCGAGGGGACCCCACUCCCCGCGUCGCUCGGCAACCGCAAAAUGGCGCCCGGCUCCGAGCGGCCCCCGCGCAGCGCGCCCCCUUCGGGCCGGGCGCCUCUUGGCUGCUGGGCGGCGCGUGCACGCGGGGGGGAGCGCGCGCGCGGGAGAACCGGCCGGUCGAGCGUGGCUGUGCCGGGAGCCCCGAAGGGUCCUUUCCGUCCUUCUGCUCUAGUGCAGCCGGAGUCCGGGCGGGGGGCGGCGGAAGUGGCCAGUCCGGCGCUUCGGAAGGUCCCCCGAAGGCCUAGCUGGAAAAUCCCCCCCGCGCGGAGUCUUUUAGGCCAGGGCCUGGGGUUCCCUUGUCUGCGGGGCCCCCGGGCGGCCUCGGCCGUUGCCGCCCGAGAUCGUGCGGGCCCUUCGUUGCCGGCUUUUUGCUGCUGCGGGUUUAGUUGCGCCCGGCCUUCCCCGGCCAGACCCGGCCCGGAAAGGAGGAGGAGGAGGAUCCGCAGCCUGCACAGAGGGGCUCUUUCAGAAGGCCACGGGCGGGCCCUGAAUCAGCAACUGGCAACGUGCAACUUUGGGCGACUUAGCUAGAAUUAAAACAGAAAAUAGCAAAAUAAACCGGCAGGAAACAGUACAACUUCAUCUGGAGGGGCUCCUCCCAUGGCCUGCAUGAGUGCCCAGAAGGAGCUCCCAGUUUUCAGAGCUGCACAAAAGGCAAAAGGCAGGGCGGCUUUCUUUGAAGGGAUCUCUAAAUGAAAUCCCUGGCAUGAAUAACUGGGGAGUUUUACUAGGAGAGUGUCUUUGAAGUGCACAAAUCAGCCUUAGUCAUCAAAGAAAUGGCAAACUCUCAUGCCUGAGGCAGAGUCUAUGCAGAGAUUCUCAGUCGCUGGACGGCUGCAUCAAGAACAUCUUCUCCAUGCUUUAUUCUCCCUUUGAAAUCACACCAGCCACAGUCCUCUGCCAGGUCUUUGAUGUGGUGGAAAAGCUGUACAGCGGGGAUGGCCUGUGCUACCUCAUCGACUUCCUGAUUCCUGUCAAGUGCAUCUUGCAGUGGGUCCGGCAAGAAGCCUGUUCAGUAUUAUGGUUAACUCGACCAGCAUGCAGGCCGGCCCCUUUGCAGUCAUGAGAAGAUGGUCAUCCAGCUGGCUUCUCUUGACUGAUGGACCUCAAGACUGGAGGACUUUUACCUGCAAAUGGUUCCGUACUUGAGAAGGUCUCCACGGAUUAUAGUGAAAUGCUUGGCCAAGGACAAACGUAACGUGGAGGAGUUUGGGGUACCUCCUGCCUUGUGUGCCUCUCUCUUUGCUGUGGAAUGGCUGAGGUCCAUCAGCAGAAAUGGUUGGGAGCCACACUGGAAACUGCUUGUUAGCCCCAGAUGGUGAGAUAUUCUGAGUGCCUUGGGAUAAAAUAGUCAAUCCAGAAUUUAUCAGUAAGUCCCAAACUAUUUGAAAAAAUAAAAAGAAUGUGCAUUUUGCCCCAAUGACUGAGAAGUCUCCUGCUCUGGGCUUCCCUGUGGAGGUGUCGCCCAGGAACCGUCUUUCAGGGGGACCCCACGUCUUCCACGAGGCCAACUCAUUUGCCAUCACCCCAGUGGGGGAGCCUGCUGGUCAGGCAUGUAGGGACCUAGCGGCCGGGAAGGCCUGUGACAGUGAUGGGGAGGGAGAAGAGAGGGACUUGGCAGAUGCCUCCAUGCCCACCUCUGGCUGCCCCAAAGGAUCUUCAGCUCAGUCCAGCACUUGGCAUUGGCUGGAAGUCAAGGACAGCCAGCAGCUUAGUCAGAACAAUAGCCUUGGCUGGGGAAAUUGCGCUGGUUCAGCUCUUGCAUCGGUGCCAUCUGGGCAGCUGAGGACUCCUGACAUGCCAACUAUUAAUGUUGCAUGUUCUGUGAAUAAUGAAACAGACAGUGGUAAAUUGUUCCUGAAACAUCCUGGCGUUCCAGAGAAUUGUCCAGCUCCUUUGAUUCCCACUGCUACCUCUAUUAUUAAGGAGCCACAUUUUGCCGAGACAUUAUCAACACAUCCAGAACAGGAGCUUGAUUGGCGGUAUGCCACGUGUAGUUACAAGGAUGGAGAGGAGGCUGAAGCUCAGGCUCUGGGGAGAGGCCCGUCUGCCAGAGCGGGAGGCAGCUUGGGGUUCCCCAAGCCUUCUGCAUCCUGUCCUGAUGUUUUGGGUGUAGACAGAAUAGGUGGCCGUCUCCCGACCGAGGGGGAGAUCAGGAGCUGCCAUUCUGACAGCUCCAAAGUAAGGCUGGAGGGAAAGGCACGUUCUCCAGCCACAGUCGAAUCAUCACAGGUGGGAGUCUUUUCGAGGAGGAACGUGGCUGAUCACCAGUCCUCCCAGACACAGUUGGUGGAAGUUAAAGGUUCGUCUUCUGAAUGGUUGGAACAACGGUAUCUUCUAGAGCACGUGGAAGGGACACUAGAGGAAUCAUUAAUGGAGUUGACCAAUAGAAUAAGCAUGGAAGGAAAUCACCAAUGGCAGACUACACAAAGCCCCCUUAAGAAUGAGUGGCAGCUUAAUUCUGGAGACCCUUUAAUCCCGAAAAGAUCCCUUUCCCAGAAGGCAGGGCAAGAAAAUGCGGACGGUUGUCAAGAGCGAGCGGAAGGCAGUCUUCUGUUUCCCGGUUCUGAGGCUGAGCCGAAGAGCGCAAGAACAGAGCUGAAGGAAAAGGGCCCCGGGCCUCCAGCAGAAGUCCCUGGACAGACAGGCCCCCCCCGCAGCCACCUUCACCCAGAUGUUGUUGCAGCAUGUUCUGUGGAUCAGCCCGGUCUCUCAAGCACACCGCACGCCCCUUCCCCAGACAAGGAGUCGGGCGUGGGGGCCUUCCUGGAAAAUGGGCACAACUCAAUCCAUGAAGCUCCCUGCCAGUUUCAGCCUAGCGACCCGGAGAUGAACUCCUUGGUAUCCUCUCUCCCAGCGCUGUUCCCAGCUGUGACAUUGCCUGAGCGCACCAGGCCCAUCCCAGAGGGGGAUCAGGCCACAGAAACAUCAUCGAGUGGGACAGAAAAGGCCCACAGUGAAGAAGCGGAUAACAGCAGCCUGCCAAUGAAGAGUGUGAAUUGGGAGAUGCUUCGGAGUGGGGCUGCGUGCCUGCCAGGUACCAGAGACAGAUGUGGGCGCGCUGUGGUCAUCAUUACAAUGAGGAAUACAAUUUGGUUGUGCCCGAACUGCAAUGCCAGUGAAAUAACCCGCCUUCUCCUGUAUUUACGCAGCAUUCUCAGGCCGGAGCGCAAAGCCUUGGGCUUAACCAUCCUGGUAGAUGCCCGGCGAUCUUCUCCAGUCCCAGCUGUCUUUACAGCCUUAGGCACUUUGCAGGAGACCAUCCCCCACUGCAUCCAUAGAGCCCUGCUCCUUGUGGAGGGAGGCCGCACCAUCCAGGUAGACGAACCGGCUGCUGUGCAGUGUGAACUUCUCAGUUCCUUGAAGUCCCUCCACAAACAUGUUGAGAGCCAGCAGCUACCCCAAGAAUUCGGUGGGUCGCUUCCCUAUUGCCAUCAGGAUUGGCUGCACUUCCAAAUGCGUCUGGAGCGCUUGCUUUCUGGAUGCCAAGAGGCUCGCCUGUUCCUCAAAGAGGCUGUAGAAACGGUGGAGUCCAGCAGAUGGCCGGAGAAACCCCAGGAUGCCGCUGCCCUGUUGAAGAGCUGCAGGCAAAUGAUGAGGAUGGUUCUGGAUGACCCAAGGCUGGCCAGGUGGCAGCUGGAGGGGGGUGCCCUCCUGGCCAGCCUCAGGAAGGAGGAAUCCUGCGGGAUGCUGUCUGAGGACUGCAGAGAUGCUGUGAAAGUGGCUGGUGCUCUUUAUGCAGAAGUGGAUGAAGGAACCCACCAGCUGGUGCUGGUCUCUAACAGGCGCAUCCGAGUCCUGGAACUGCUAAUGGGAUUGGAAGCUGUGGAGCAGUGCUUCCAAGAAAUCUGCAGCUGGAUCAAGAAUGUUGGUGAAAAGCGCCUCCUGGAGCUGAACACCCUGGACAAUUCUCUGGAUGGGCUGCUUCAAGCCAAAAGGCAGUGCCAGGAUUUGGCACUUACGGCAGAUGAAUAUUGCCAGAGGGGAUGGGAAGCGCUGAGGAGGUGGGAUGGGGAGGAAGAUCCACUGGCCACGGGACACCAGUCAGGCUGCGGAGUCCAGCUGCAGGAGUACAAGACCCAGCUGCAGGGAUUCUGCAGAGAUCUGGAGGGCACCAGGAGUCGGAUAGAGCAGGCGGUUGAACUCUACAGAUACUUGGAACAGGCGCACAAGUGGGCAGAGGAGGGGAUGCGGUUCCUCGCCAGCCUCAGUGGGGACAACGGUUCUGCUGCUGUUGGGUCUGGUCUGCAGAACUACUGGGAGCAGCACCCAGGCAUGAGUGACACCCAGUUCCAAAAUAUGAAGAAGCUGGCCUGUCUGCUGCCAAGCAGUGAGCCUCUUAAGAAGUGGCAGCUUGUCUGGUCCCAGUGUCAGAGGACCAAGCGUGCCUUGGAGGUGAGGCUAGAAGCUGCGCUGAGGGUCCAGCAACCACCAGGUCCUCCCAACCUGAGGCCCUCGGAAGAGGGAGAGUCCUGCUUGGCCAGUCCAGACAAGAGGAGUCCUCUGGCCAAAACUCCCAGCAUGGCGCCUCUACCUGAAAAGCCAGCUCAGCUUCCCACAAUAGACACUUGCAAUGGAGCUGGAGGGGGUCUGCGCCAGACUGCUUGCAGCCACUCUUGUCAGCUUGCUGUUGACCCUCCUAAGCCAUCGUGCCAUCUCUGCGACGGGGGAGACCCUCUGGAAGCCCCAGAGGAAGCCCCUUCCUCUGAACAGCUCUUCUCCAGAAGGAGACUGAGGGAGGCCCGGAGCAUUGACCUCCCCAGCUCAGAGGAACCUUGGACUUGGGCUGACCCGAGCCAUUGUGGCAGCACCGGAGUCUGGAUUAAAGGCUUAGAAGUCAGCAGCCCGGAGUCAGUGGGCGGGCCCUGGGAAAGCCAGCAGCCCCUCGGCUCAGCUGCCUCACCAGCCUUCCAUCCACAAGAGGACCAGAGGCAGAGGGGCCUUGUGCCAGAGACGAGGAGCUGGAGCAGCAAACCGCAGCAUAUUAUGGAGGAGAUGGUGAGGACAGAGCAGGAGUACGUGCGAUCUUUGCGCUACAUCCUUGACCACUAUUUUCCUGAAAUGGAGCGGGUGGACCUGCCUCAAGACCUGAGGGGAAAGCGAAGUGUCAUUUUUGGGAAUUUGGAGAAGAUGUACAACUUCCACAGCCAGUAUUUCCUGAGAGAAUUGGAGCACUGUUGCAGCCAUCCUCUGCGAGUCAGCCAUUGCUUCCUGAGACAUAAAGACCACUUUGGGAUGUAUGCCUUGUAUAGUAAGAACAAGCCCAAGUCUGACUCCUUGCUGGCCAGUCACGGGAAUGCUUUCUUCCGGUUCAAGCAGAUGCAACUGGGAGAUAAGAUGAACCUGGCCUCCUACCUCCUGAAGCCCAUCCAGCGCAUGAGCAAGUACGCACUGCUCCUCAAGGAUCUCAUCAAGAAGUCUGGGGAGGCCCAAGAGCAGGAGCUGGCGUACCUGCGAGCAGCGGAGAAGAUGGUGCGCUUCCAGCUGCGGCACGGAAAUGACCUCCUGGCCAUGGAUGCCAUCCGUGACUGUGACGUGAACCUCAAGGAGCAGGGACAGCUGAUGCGCCAGGACGAGUUUAGCAUUUCUCUGGGCCGAAGGAAAUGCAAGCGCCACAUCUUCCUCUUCGAAGAUCUGAUCCUCUUCAGCAAGCCUAAGCGAGUUGAGGGCGCCCUGGAUGUCUACGUCUACAAGCGUUCCUUUAAGAUGGCAGAAAUCGGCCUAACAGAGAACUCCGGGGAGAGCGGCCUGUGCUUUGAGAUCUGGUUUAGAAGGUGGAAAUCCAGGGACACCUACAUCCUGCAAGCCAGCAGCCCAGAGGCCAAGCAGGCCUGGACAAGCGACAUCACCAGGAUCCUCUGGGAACAAGCUGCCCGCAACAAAGAAAUCCGCACGCAGGAGAUGCUGUCCAUGGGGAUUGGGAACAAGCCUUUCUUGGACAUCAAGCCCAGUGAGGCUGCCAUCCAGGACCGAGCCAUCAAUUAUAUUAUGAAAGGCAGAGGCGCCAGGACUCGGGCUUCCAUCGCUGUGUCUCUCUUUGACCACGCCAACCCUUUCAAGAGCUCUCCGGCCACUCUGUCUGCUGGCAGCCCAUCCUCCUGCUCUGGGAUUGGGCCUCUCAACCUUCACAUGUACCCGGAACAGGCCUUGCUGCCUACGGUGCUGCCCACCAACCUUCCGUUAAGGGCUGGGGUCUGCCCUGAGGAAGAUGAGAUGGAGAACGAGACGAGCAGUCAGCCCUCUAUGACCACCGAGGGCUCUGAGUCCUCCCAGGGCCUGCCUGGAAGUGGCUCCAGCAGUUCUGACAGCUGCCUUCACAACUUGUGUGAGGACUGGAGAUCCCCGCUCCCAACAGCAGCAGACUUCUUAACCUCCUCAGAUAUGGAGAAAGGCUGUUUCCCCAAGAACCAGUAUAUUUCAGCGGUUUGAACGCAGCCAGGAAAGAAGGAACCUGAUUGCUGGGCAGACCCUUGGAUGCAGAUGCUACGAUGACCCCUUGUCCUCCUCCCAAGCUCUGCGGGAGGGAAGUGGGUCCUGUCCGCCUCUUCUGGUAGUCUGACAGCUGGUACAGGGGAGCAGCAGUGGCUGAGAAGGGGGGGGGGUUUGGUGAGUGUCGGUGGUGGCUAGAACUGGGCCCAAAGGCUGACGGGAGGGCGGGAGAAGGUCCAAGCUCUCGCUGGCUGGCUUGCUUUCCCCACCUGACGGGUUUAGUUUCACACAGAAUUUUUAGUAAUUGUAAACAUGCAGAAGCAAACAUUUCUGUGUGAACCUUAAACCUUGUUAAUCUAGCUUUCUUUCUUGCCUGGUGCUUACUAAUGAUUUCAGAAGCAAGUUGCAAAAAAAGCCAAGUUCCAGGUCACCCCACUUGCCUUCCUGUGAGGUAAAAAAGCAGUUUGCCUUGUUCUGCUUGGCAGGACAAAGUCUACAUCCUUCACCCGAAGAAGGAUUCAUUUGUUGCCUCCAUUUCUCUGAAUCUGGAGCUUCCCCUUUAGGAGUUUUCUGUGAUCCUCUAGUUCAAAAAAGGCACCUCUGACUCGGACCUUUCAGCCCGUUGAGCUGGUGUUUUGAGAGUUCAGUUGAUGCCCCCCUCUCUAGACAGCGUUAGGAAGUUUGUUGAGUAUGUCCAGGAGACAACUAGAGGAGGCUGCUGUAGCUCUUUCUUUUUGUGAAUCACAUGUUUUUGCCAUUCACAUGCUGCUCCUCGUUGUUAAUGCUCUCGGGCAUGUAUUUUAUAUAUGCGUGCAUUUUAUUUUUAUCAGGUUAAUUUCAAAUGAAAAAGAAACUUCUAACAAACUGCAA